AUGUAUGAUCGUCCUGAAUCUGGAUAUGGUGUCUUUUAUGGAGAUGGAGAUGAGCGGAAUGUUGCUGUUGCCUUAUCAAGUGUUGAUGAUAUACCAGGAACGAGCCAAAGAGCAGAAUUGCACGCAUUGGACCAUGCUGUCUCCAAUAUUGCCGAUUUCUUAGAUGAAUAUAAUCCAGAUAAGGAGUAUGUCAUCCAUACCGACUCGCAAUACGUCAUCAAGGCUACUACGGUCUGGAUCAAGAAAUGGAAGUCCAAUGGCUGGACUACAUCUUAUGGGAAAUCUGUGGCUAAUCAAGACCUCAUAAAAAGAAUAUUUUCGAACUUGAACCGUAUCAAUAAGGAACUUGAAGACAACGGCUUUUCUGCGGUAAAGCUUGAACACGUUGCUGGCCAUUCCGGAGACUACGGAAAUGAAAUGGCAGAUCAAUUGGCCAACGAGGGAGCUGACAUGGAUUAA